AUGAUGGCAGAUAAAACUGGCUCUUCUCAACAAGACACAGAAAACAGUGCGAAUGAGUCCAGUGGAAUGGAGUCGCAAAGUAACACGUCCGCAUCUAGCACCCACCCAGAGGUGAUUGAGAAGAGUUCUAUACUCGUUGAUUUCAGUGGUCCUGACGAUAAUCUCAAUGCCCAAAACUGGCCCAACUUGAAAAAGUGCUAUACCUUUGUCCUUGUUAGCUUCGCGACUAUGGUUGUUGCAAUGACAAGCAGUAUCUUCUCAACGGUGAUUCCCACAUUAUCAGGCAUAUACGGAGUCUCCAGGGAGGUUGGGACGCUCGGAGUAUCGCUGUAUAUCCUCGGAUUCGCAACCGGUCCCCUUAUAUGGGCGCCCUUUUCCGAGUUGAAGGGACGCCGAAUACCCUUUACCUUCAGCAUGUUCGGCUUCACCGUGUUCUCUUUUGCCACGGCAGCAUCGAAAGACCUGCAGACAACUUUCAUCUGCCGCUUUUUUGCCGGAUUCUUCGGCGCUUGUUCGUUGACGCUUUCCGGUGCCGUAUGUAGUGAUAUGCUGAGUCCCAAGACUUACACAGUUGGCAUGGUUGGUUUCUGUGUAGCGGUAUUUGCAGGACCUCUGUUAGCUCCGUCUAUCGGUGGGUUUAUUGUCAUGAACGAGGAUCUCGGCUGGCGAUGGACACACUAUCUCACAGGAAUCCUUGGGGCGACGUCAUUCGCAUCGAUGCUUUUCUUCCUAGACGAAUCCUACGCACCUGUGAUACUAGCCACCAAAGCAAAACGCCUCCGCCAUGAAACCCAGAACUGGGCCAUCCAUGCAAAACACGAAGAGCUCGAGCUGCAUCUCUCCGCAAUCUUCCAUAACUUCCUCAUGAUACCACUCAAGAUGCUAGUCCUGGACCCCAUCAUCCUGUGCAUGUGCGUCUUCGGCGCCUUCGUCUACGGCCUGCUCUAUCUCUUCCUCACAGCAUACCCGAUAAUCUUCCAGCAGAUUCACGGUAUGAACCCGGGAGUAGGCGGUCUCCCAUUCCUAGCCGUCAUCGCCGGCCAACUCCUAGCCGGUCUCGCAAUGUACCUCCGGCAGCCGUCUCUAGGCCGCAAAAUAGCAGCCAAUAACGGAGUAUUGGUGCCGGAGUGGCUACUCCUGACGGCAAUACCAGGAUCUGCAGCGUUCGCUGCAGGUCUCUUCUGGUUAGGCUGGUCCGGAUACCGCCGCGAUAUUCAUUGGAUCGUCCCUACCCUCUCUGGGUUCCUCACAGGAUUCGGCCUGUUAACCAUGUUUCUCCCGUCCAUUCAAUAUGUCGUCCAAUCGAGACGGCAAAGGGCGGCGUCGGCUAUUGCAGCACAUACCUUCCUCCGCUCGCUGGCCGGGUCUGGAUUUCCGCUGUUUGCGACGUAUAUGUUCAACGCGCUCGGCGUACAAUGGGCAUUGACCCUCCUAGGGUGCUUUGCGGCAUGUCUAGUUCCAAUCCCUGUUGUUCUUUACGUGUACGGGGCCAGGAUUAGAGCGAAGAGUAGGAUGGUGCUUUGA